CGUGCCCCGCGCCGGUCAGCGAUGAGCACGCUGCUGCCGCCGACCACGACCCAGCAAGAGCCCAACCCUGGGAUGGCCUCGAGUGAGAUGGACAUCGCUGUCAUUGCAGGCGUGGUCGCCGCCGUGGCCUUCGUGCUGGUCGGCCUGCUGCUGCUGAUGCUGCAUUACCUCUAUCGGCACAAAGGCACGUACCACACCAACGAGGCCAAGGGCACGGAGUUCGCCGAGAGCGCGGACGUGGCCCUGCAGGACGACCCGGCCGUCCGGGACGACGGCGGCGGCAGCAAAAAGGAGUACUUCAUUUGAAGGAUGUUACCAGGACUCUGCGCCCCCCUGCCUCCCCGUCCAGGAAAGAGCCCGUCACCUGCAGCGCCGGGCAGCCCUCAGCGCCCCUACAGCCCAAGACACGCACCUCACCCGGGACUCGGUGCCUCCCGGGGUGGGGUGGGGAUCGAAGGAGGAAUCCAGCUGGAGGGGCUUCUCCCAGGACCCAGGGACGCUCAGCCAGAGGGAGGAGGUCCGAGCCCUUCUGGGCUGUACAGGUUACACCUGCGUGGGGGUGGAAGUCCUCGCUGGGUAUGAGUGGGGUGGUGGCCCGGGGGCGCAAGGAGUGAGUUGUCAUCAUGCUGACUGGGGACAGUGGCAUCAAACGUCAGCCCUUGGCAUUUGGGGGGAACAGCAGGUGCCAGAGCUCCAAGGCACCUUUGUCUCCCAUAGAUGCAGCUCUGGAUGAUUGGAAAUAAAUUUGAAAUGUAACGGAGCAUUCAGAGUCAAA